AGCCGGUAGAAUGCAGUGGCUUAAAAUGAAGCUCCGCUUUGUAAACUUAAUUUUACUAUUAAUAAGCUCAGCAUGGGCCCAAUCAGGAGCCGAUCCCAACGGCUACCUCACCUACUGUCCCUGCAUGGGACGCUUUGGCAACCAGGCCGACCACUUCCUGGGAUCGUUGACCUUCGCCAAGGCCUUGAAUCGAACCCUCAUCCUGCCGCCGUGGGUGGAGUACCGCAGGGGCGAGCUGCGCUCCCGCCAGGUGCCAUUCAACACAUACUUUGAAGUGGAGCCGCUUAAGGAGUACCACCGCGUCAUCACCAUGGCGGACUUCAUGUGGCACCUGGCGGACGACCUGUGGCCGGAAUCGCAGCGCGUUUCCUUCUGCUACAAGGAGCGCUACAGCCUGCAGCAGGAGAAGAACGAUCCGGAGAAGCCCAAUUGUCAUGCCAAGGACGGCAAUCCGUUUGGUCCCUUCUGGGACACCUUCCACAUCGAUUUUGUGCGGUCUGAGUUCUAUGCGCCGCUGCAUUUCGAUGUCCAUCACAGUAACGAGGCUGCCAAGUGGCAGGCCAAAUAUCCUGCGGAAUCCUGGCCUGUACUCGCCUUCACCGGAGCCCCUGCCAGUUUUCCCGUUCAGCUGGAGAACUGCAAGCUGCAACGCUACAUGCAAUGGAGCCAGAGGUACAGGGACGCCUCCAAGGAGUUCAUCCGGGCGCAGCUGCCGCGCGGCGCCUUUGUGGGCAUUCACCUGCGCAACGGUAUCGAUUGGGUGAGAGCCUGUGAGCACGUCAAGGAUAGCCAGCAUUUGUUUGCCUCGCCGCAGUGUUUGGGCUACAAAAAUGAGCGAGGAGCUCUCUAUCCGGAACUCUGCAUGCCCUCCAAGGAGGCCAUAGUUCGCCAGCUGAAGAGAACCAUUAAGAAUGUGCGGCAGACGCAGCCGGACAACGAAAUCAAGUCGGUUUUCGUGGCCUCCGACUCGAACCACAUGAUUGGCGAACUCAGUUCGGCUCUCAGUCGCAUGGGCAUCAGUGUGCACAAGCUGCCCGAGGACGAUCCCUACCUGGAUUUGGCCAUUCUUGGACAGUCUAACCACUUUAUCGGCAACUGCAUCUCUUCGUACUCGGCUUUUGUGAAACGCGAACGCGACUCGCACGGUUUUCCGUCAUAUUUCUGGGGAUUCCCCAAGGAGAAGGACCGCAAGCAUUCCAAUGUGCACGAGGAGCUCUAAUUGACCAACAGGAAACAGUACUUAAAUACUCUAACAGGCUAUUUUUUCGGUUUUCAUUUCAAGUUAUCAGUGGUUAUUUGUACAUCACUUUUUUACAAAUUUUAGUAUGUCAAUGGUUAAGAUCAAAGUUCCAAUUUACAAUGCAACGUAAUGACAUUUUUUACAAACAAAUAAUAUUUUCUAGAUAUUUAAUAUUUAAUUUUGUGUUAAGUUAAAAAUUGUAUUCAUUAAAAACGCUAGCGUUAGUUCUUUUAUUCUUUUAAUUUUGUGUUAAUUAAAAAUUGUAUUCAUCAUAAGCGCUAGCGUUAAUUCUUUUAUCUUUAAAUCGUAAAUUGUAUUUUGUGAAAACCGUUAAAUGCCUUUAAUAUCACUAUAAAAUAGACCUAAGAUAUUAAGUAUUCCUCGCAUUUAUCGAGCCAUGGUUCUACAAACGAUUUUACUUAUAAAUUUAUUCAAGUUAUCCAAACCA